GCGCUCCCUACUGACCAUGACUUUUCCUCAGGAAAAUAUCUUCGCACCUACCGGUUGUCAAAUUGACAGCCACCCAACUUUCAACCCCCUUGAUGUAUUGUAGAGCACCAAACGUACUUGCCAGGCGACGAUUUAUAAGGACUAGCCCUGUUGCAAAUUAGUAGGCGCAGCUCAAGCGUAGCUGAUUAACCACCAUGGCCCAUUCCUGCCACGCCUACGAUCUUGUGCUACGACGGUAUCUCUUGGCCCUGCACCACCUCCUCGACUACGUCCGCUUCGUCGCGGCGGUCGUCCUGGACCGCCUCGGCAUCGUCUCGUUCGACGGCGAGAUGCUGCCCGGUGAGCCUUGGAGCGAGCUCGUCGACACUGCGCCGAUGGAGCGCCUCAUGGAGGCAGCGUUCUGGCAGCCCAGCUCACCGCCGAAGGUGAAUCGUUCGUCUUCGUGGACGGCGCCACAGUACAGACGACCGCGGGUUGCGCCGGCGGAUGUCGAGGGAGCCGAGGACGACGACGGGUGCGUGGGCAUCUGCGCGAUUUGCUUGGCGGCGCUCGACGUGGGAGGGCAACUGGUCACGGAGUUGUGCAACUGCUCGCAUGCGUUCCACGCCGCCUGCAUCGAUUCUUGGAUCGGCAGCGGCGAGGCCGGCACUUGCCCGAUGUGCCGCACCCCGACGGUACCAACGGCGUGGUGGAACGGUUGGCGAGAAGUAGUGCCACGCACGUCUUUAUCUCCUUGAUCGCUGAAGGGCUGAGGAGGACCGAAACAUCUCGAUCUCCUCACUGGAGGCAGGGCGACACGCCGCGAUGUGUACAUGUAUAGCACAGUCCCUCCAAUGUUUUUCCGUUGUUUUCUUUUUUACGUCAACAAAUGUUUUCCGUUGUUUUCGUUCUGCAUGAACGAAUGUUUAUGUUUUCCGUUGGAUAAAGAGUGUGGUUUUUCUAAAAA